ACCCCAGAAAUUACCUUGCAAGAAAUCACUGCGGAUCUGUGUGAUUUGAUUUUGAAAAACUGGGUUAAAGAAAAACAGAGCCAUUUCGGAGCCUGAGACGUGCUGCUAUGUACAUAUUUCCCAGUGAAUAUUCUUUUCAUUUUUGGAAUCAAAACCUAAGGACGUGUUGAGUUGUUACCACAUCUCUGUAUAUAUCAAUCGCUGUCUCUGUUUCUCUCGCAAACACACACACAAAAACAAACACAGCAUACACACAUCUAUUCUGCUCCUCUUUCAUGACGUUUCGUUUGAGACUCCCCUUUUUUUAGUAAGCUGUAAUUGAAUGCGAGCGAGCUGCUUUGGACUUAUUCCGCUUGCAGGCUGCAGCGCAAGUUUGUAGCUCUCUGUUUCCCUCCUUUUGAAAUAGCUCUCGUAUGAGUUUUCUCCGAAUGUCACCCUUGAUUUAAAGCCGCCCCUCGCUCUGCAUUUCCGUUCCUUCUCGUUUCACCUUGCCUCUUGUUUUUCUGACAAUGAGAUCAAGUUCAUAGCCUUUUUUGUUCUUUGCAUAUUCGAAUAAAUUUAUUAGUAGCCUAGCCUUGAAACCAAGGUGGGGGUCUUGUGCCCUGAAACUGUGAGAUCGGGCUCCCAAAAUGGCACCCUCGUUCGAUCGGUGGGCGAAGCAAAGCCACCGGGGCACGCCGGUGGUUGUGAAGAUGGAAAACCCCAACUGGUCCAUGGUUGAGCUCGAGGGUCCAUCCGAAGACGAUUUCCUCAUCACGACCGAGUCUUCCGGGUCGGGUCGAGUCCGGGACAAAGGCCACCGAGGCGGUAAGAAUGCCAAGCAACUCACCUGGGUCCUCCUCCUCAAGGCCCACCGCGCUGCCGGCUGCCUUACCUCCAUUGCCUCUGCAAUGUUGAGCCUCGCCGCCGCGAUCAGGCGCCGCGUGGCCUCGGGUCGGACCGACGAUGAAGAUGACGACAAUGAAGACGAGAACGAGAACGAUGGUGGCGGUGGCUGCAGGGAGAAAGAGAAUCCCACCGUGAAGACAAGAUUCUACUUCUGUAUCAAAAUGUUCCUCUGGCUCUCGGUACUUUUGCUAGGACUCGAGGUUGUUGCGUUCUACAAAGGUUGGCAUCUCGGUACUCCGCAUUUCGAAUUCCAGUUGCAGAGUCUGUGGGCAACUCCAUUGGGGGUUAAGGGUGUGUUCGACUGGAUUUAUUCUCGUUGGGUUUUGGUUCGGGUGGAGUACCUCGCUCCUCCUCUGCAAUUCCUCGCCAAUGCGUGCAUCGUGCUGUUCUUAAUCCAGAGUGUGGAUAGGCUAAUCCUGUGUCUGGGAUGUUUGUGGAUCCGAUUGAAAAAGAUCAAACCGCUUCCCAAACAAGCUGACCCCGGUAAGGAUCUCGAAUCGGGAGAGAAUAAUGGCUACUUCCCAAUGGUCCUUGUUCAGAUCCCCAUGUGCAAUGAAAAGGAGGUAUAUCAGCAAUCGAUUGCUGCAGUGUGUAAUUUAGAGUGGCCGAAAUCGAAGAUGCUGAUACAAAUCCUUGAUGAUUCUGAUGACCCAACAACGCAAUUGAUGAUCAAGGAGGAGGUUCAUAAAUGGCAGCAAGAGGGUGCCCACAUUGUGUACCGACAUCGGGUCAUUAGAGAUGGGUACAAGGCUGGUAAUCUCAAGUCCGCAAUGAAUUGUGGCUAUGUCAAAGACUUUGAGUUUGUUGCCAUUUUCGACGCUGAUUUCCAGCCCAACCCUGAUUUCCUCAAACUCACAGUUCCUCAUUUUAAGGAUAAUGAGGAAGUUGGAUUGGUCCAGGCAAGGUGGUCCUUUGUGAACAAGGACGAGAACCUGUUAACGAGGUUGCAGAACAUUAACUUGGCCUUCCAUUUCGAGGUAGAGCAACAAGUGAAUGGUAUUUUCAUUAAUUUCUUUGGUUUCAAUGGAACGGCGGGUGUGUGGAGGAUUAAGGCCUUGGAGGAUGCUGGUGGGUGGUUGGAGAGGACCACCGUGGAGGACAUGGACAUUGCUGUUCGUGCUCAUCUUAAAGGAUGGAAAUUCGUUUUCCUCAAUGAUGUCGAGUGCCAGUGUGAGUUACCGGAAUCAUAUGAAGCUUACAGGAAACAACAGCAUAGAUGGCAUUCUGGACCUAUGCAGUUAUUUAGACUUUGUUUACCUGAUAUAAUCAGAGCUGAGAUAAAUUUUGGGAAGAAAUUCAACUUGAUCUUUCUUUUCUUUCUCCUCAGAAAACUGAUACUGCCCUUCUAUUCCUUUACCCUUUUCUGCAUUAUACUCCCCAUGACAAUGUUCAUACCUGAGGCCGAGCUUCCUUCAUGGGUUGUAUGUUAUAUCCCAGCCACUAUGUCUUUUCUUAACAUCCUCCCAGCCCCAAAAUCUUUCCCAUUUAUCGUCCCUUACCUUCUUUUUGAGAACACCAUGUCAGUGACCAAGUUCAAUGCCAUGAUUUCUGGCCUAUUCCAGCUUGGAAGUGCCUAUGAGUGGGUUGUUACAAAGAAAUCUGGGCGUUCCUCUGAGGGUGAUCUUGUCUCCUUGGUCGGGAAGGAGCCAACACAUCACCGGGGGGUCUCAGUGCCCAAUCUUAAGGAAAUGAAGGAGGAAAUUCUACAGCAAGAGCAAAAGGCUUCUCGAAAGAAGAAGCAUAACAGGCUCUAUACAAAGGAGCUAGCGUUGGCUUUCCUUCUUCUAACAGCUUCAGCAAGGAGUCUCCUGUCAGCUCAGGGAAUCCAUUUCUACUUCUUGCUGUUUCAGGGGAUAUCGUUCCUGCUGGUUGGUUUGGACCUCAUUGGCGAACAGGUUCAAUGAACCAGAAAAAGGUAGGAUUGUGAUUCCAUGGAUAUGGAUGUUACAAGUACAGGCAACAUGGGUGGAUAUGGUAUGUGAAUACGGCUGAGCAAAAACAGCUUUGAAGAAAUUGUAGAGGAUGAGAGUGCUGCUUUUCUUGCUUGUCCUCCACCCUCCAGAUCUCCAGUCGGAAUCCACCCGAUACUUGGAAGAAAUUGUGUUCUAUGCAGAGUGGAAUGACUUUCAUUCGGAGGAAGACUCCAAUAGAAAAUGGUGUAGCUCUUCAAUGUAUGUAAGGUUUAAUUUUUUUUUUUUUUUUGUAAUCCUCCUAUGUUGUGAUUCUUUUGUUUUUGGGUCGAUUCUUUUGUAUGAAGAAAAAAAAGGUGGUUCAAACUUCAAACUUCAAAAAAAGAGAUUUUAGUAAAAGCUUAAAUCAGAAUAGUGGCACGCUUCUUGGUGCUUUUCUCAA